UGGGGACCUUAAAGCCGAUCUCCGUCGUGUGUUUACUGUCUCAGCGAAUACCACUUUUUGCCAUACCUGAGUCACCAUGCUGCCCUUCCGCAUCUUCACACUGGGAUUCCUCGCUCUGGUGAGCACUGUUGUAGCUCUGCCUUUGAAAUCAGAGAAAGCGAAUGAAUUUGUGCAACGAUGCGAAGAGCCUGUUUUGAAAUUGGAUGGCGGGAAAACAGUUGCAGUCAAAGAAGCAACAACUGAUGACUGGGUUUCAGCACAGAGUAUCUCUUGCCCUUGGUGAUACCGUUU